UCCUCUCGCCGUGUUCCCGCGCCGUUCCGGUCUUCAGGGCGGACUGUGAGAGGAGAGGAGUUCGUCACGCUGCCCCGCCUACAUCCUGACAGCCAAUGUUUGCCACGCUCCGCGGGCCGGAUUAAGAGAGUCCUGACUUUUGGGGCGGCCGCCCGAGAGGAGGGAGGGGAGCGGGCGCCCGGCACACAGAAGAGCCGCAUUGAAGUGUGUAAAGAGCCGCGGCUUGCCGACCACUGACCUAGGCCAUGGUUUAGCUAGUAG